CAGUGAAAGCAGGAAGUACACAGUGUAAACACGCUUAAUCUUUAACGGUAUACUGUUCAUGGUUUUUGCUGAACUGACUACGCGGUCUAUCGCAUCUUUUCUCCAAUGGAGAGGACCUUAGAGACCAUUUCUUCAAUUAAAGCUUUGGGGUACCCCAGCAGGUCCUGCCUCUCUGUGUGCAGGUGUGAUGAGCUUCCCUGUCCGCUGCUCACCUGGCUGUCCACUGAGCUCAGGACUGUCUGUCCAGAGCUCAGAGACUCGGAUAGCACAGGUGAUGUGUUGCUGGUGGGAGAGCUUCGGAGCUUGCUCUCAAACAUGCAGUCGCCGCUCACUGGGCUGGCCUCUAAUGUGCUUGACCCCUUCAUCCUCAGCCAUGUCACAGAGUUUCUUGUGUCAGAACUGCAAGCAGCUCACAUAAACAAGCAUAAAGAAUUGCAUCCAGGAGAAAACCCUGUGGAGGAGUCGGAGAAAGAGCAACGAGUGACAAAGCACCACGAGUCUUUUCCGGUGUGUGACGAUGAUGAUGCAUCAGAUGGAAAAAUAAAGAUGGCAAAGAUGCAGGCUGAAUGGAUAUUAGUUCUGCACGCCCUUGGAUUAGAUGCCUCUUCUCAGUUUAAAGAUGUGCAAAAUGAGCUUGAAUCAAGAUUAGCCCGUAUGUCUGGUGGAGAAAUGACAAACCCUCUUUUUAACAGCAGUCUCAGCUCAGAGCAGUGGCUUCAAGUGAACCAAAUGAAUCAAACCAUGUUGAAGGAUUAUCAGUGUCGACAACAAAUGAUGAUCAAACGAUUUCAGGUUACGCUUGAGUCCUUUGCUUGGGGAGAAAAACAGCAGGAACGGCGUGCUGCUCUGUCCUCUGUACCUCCUCUUGCUUCCCUCUCGGAAUCCUGCAAAGUGUCCCUCCCCCUUCUUCUGGCAGCCAGACAAGAUCAGUCAGGGAUCAAACCUGUCAGAGCAGGACCAAGCACUACUGUAUACAAGAUGUUGAUGGGUAGUGUACCAGACAGAGGUGGGCGGCCGGGGGAGAUCGAGCCGCCCAUGCCGUCAUGGGGGGACCGAAGAACUCAAGGAAACAGGGGGGGAAAGGGAAACCGAUAUCAUCAGCACCAAAAAAAGAAGAGAGGAAAUAAAGAUUAAUUUGCCUCUUUGGUUUUCUUUAAUGUCUAAAUUGACUGUAAAAAUAUCCUAAUUUAAAUUCAGAUGUCUAAGUUUUUUGUGAAAGGCUGCCUUUGUAACAUGAUCCUAAUUGUUUCAAAUGUAUGUAUAAUUUCAAUUUGUGGUGUAUAUAAAUACCAGUUUGGGUAUAUUCUACUUUAUGCUUAUCACUACUACAAAAUACUGGUGUAUGAUUGAUUAUUUUUGUAGAAAUGUGUUUCAAAGAAAGAAGUAAACAAUGGGAAGUUGUAUUUUUUAAUGUACUGGCUGUCUAAAACUUUAUUUUAGUUUACAAAAAUAAACCUCUGAACUGAA